UUACAGAGAGAGGAAAUAAUGUGGAAAAAGGAGCUCCUCGGUAGUACACUUCGGGCGCUCAUCAUAACUCCUACAAGGGAGCUGGCACUCCAGGUUACUGAUCAUCUCAAGGUGGCUAGUAGCUUGACAAACAUCAGGGUUGUCCCAAUUGUUGGUGGAUUUCGUCAAAAGCAGGAAAGGCUUCUAAAAGCAAGGCCUGAGAUUAUUGUUGGUACUCCAGGGAGGUUAUGGGAGCUUAUGCAAGGAGGAGAUCCACACCUUGUUGAGUUACAUUCGCUGUCAUUCUUUAUUUUAGAUGAGGCUGACCGUAUGAUUGAGAGUGGUCAUUUUCAAGAGUUGCAGUCUAUCAUUGACAUGUUACCUAUGACUGCCGCACCUGAUGAAGGGCAGCUUGAAAAUUCACAGAGUUGUGUAACGGUUUCAAACAUCCAAAGGAAGAAAAGGCAAACGUUCGUCUUUUCUGCCACUAUAGCGUUAUCUUCUGAUUUUCGUAAAAAGCUAAAGGGUGGAUCUCGUAAAUCCAAACAAUCUUUGAGUGGCGAGUUGAGCUCUAUAGAGAAGCUUUCAGAACGAGCAGGGAUGAGGGCAGAUGCCGCAAUCUUUGAUUUGACAAAUGCUGCAGUUAUGGCGGAUAAAUUAGAAGAAUCUUUUAUUGAAUGCAGGGAAGAAGAUAAAGAUGCCUAUCUAUAUUAUCUUUUGAGUGUUCAUGGGCAAGGACGGACUAUUGUUUUCUGCACGUCAAUAGCAGCUUUACGUCACAUUUCUUCCCUUUUGCGCCUUCUUGGCAUUAAUCUGUGGCCGCUUCACUCUCAAAUGCAGCAGCGAGCACGCCUGAAGGCAAUGGAUCGUUUUCGUGAAAGCGACAACGGUAUACUUAUUGCUACUGAUAUUGCAGCAAGAGGUCUUGAUAUUCCUGGUGUUCGAACCGUUGUCCACUAUCAACUUCCACAUUCAGCUGACGCUUAUGUUCAUAGAAGUGGAAGAACUGCUAGAGCAUCUACAGACGGUUGCAGCAUUGCAUUAAUCAAUCCAAAUGAUAAACCAAAGUUUUCAUCCUUGUGCAAAUCUUUUCAAAAGGAAAGUCUUCGACGGUUUCCUUUAGAUAACUCAUACAUGCCAGAGGUUAUGAAAAGAUUAUCUGUUGCGCGUCAGAUAGAUAAGAUCACACAUAAGGAUUCCAAGGAAAAGGUAAAUAAAACCUGGCUUGAGCGUAAUGCCAAAUCGGUAGAAUUGGUUCUAGACGAGGACGACAGCGAGGAAGAAAGGGUGAAUAGUCAUAAACAAAGAAAAGCCACCUCGUCUAGAUUAAUCAAGCUGCAGACGGAGUUGAAGAGCCUGCUUUCCAGACCUUUACAGCCAAAAUCAUUCUCGCAUCGCUUUUUGGCUGGGUCUGGCGUUUCGCCUCUACUUCAACACCAAUUCCAAGAAUUAUCUGCGAAAAAGUUGGGUGAUAAUAGCAAUGUUGGAGAAAACAGAAAAAGGAAACUAGUUGUUAUUGGGCAGGAUUGUAUUGAGCCACUUCAGGCACUUCGCAGUGGCGGCCAUGAGGUCUCCAUGAAUGUGAAAGAGACGUCGGUAAGUGGAAGGAACAUCAUAGAGAAUGCAAAAAGAAAGAAAAGAGAAGCUAAAAACCGUGCCCAUGACCAAAAGAGAAAAGACAAGAAAAGACUGAAGAGUGGAGAGUAGAAGAGCUUUUCAAAAUCAACAUUGGGACUCUGAUCACAGUGCUGAAAUAUCAGUUUACAUUUUUACUUGAAUCUAGCGGAUCACAGAAACCAAACGAGUAGUAUUGUAAUUGUGCUUUGCGAGUUGUUUUGAUGCAGUAAAUGCUCCUCAUUGUUAAGAUGAUCUUGCUCUAUUCUUGUAACAAAUUAAAGACUUGGAUAGUUCUUGCAACUUUACAGUACUUGGAUUUUUUUUUUAAAUGCUAACAUAGCUUACAUACUC